AUGCCCUAUUCCAUCCGAAUUGGAAUCAAGAUCCCCAAAAACUACCAGCAUCUUCUUUCCAUGUUUUUUGCCAUCCAUGACAUCAACAGCAACAUCAAGCUGCUACCCAACACCACGUUUGGGUCGCAGGUCUAUGAUAAUUAUUUCCAUCCAGGGAUUGCUACUGAGAACAUGCAAGAUCUUCUCUUUCAGCAACAAGGGAAUCCCAUCAACUACAACUGUGUCAGAAGGAGCAAAAGGAAGCUCCUGGCUAUCCUUGGUGGCCUCACCUCCCCAAACUCCAUCCAGAUGGCCCACAUUCUGAACACCUACAAGAUUCCCCAGCUUCACUACUUUCUGAGACACGUGCGUUUUAACAAUACGGUGGGGGAUGAAAUCUUUUUUGAUGAGAAGGGGGACUAUGACCCUGGUUAUGACAUCUUCAACUUGGUCACCUUCCACAAUCAGACCUUCCACAGAGUCCAGAUUGGAAGGAUGGACUCCAAAGCCCCCGAUGGGAAAAAGCUCACCAUCAAUGAAGAUGCAGACCAAUGUGAGAGAUGCCCAGAGGAUCACUAUUCCAAUGCAGAAAAAGAGAAGUGCCUCCCCAAAAGGUUCAGCUUCUUGUCCUUCAGGGAACCCUUAGGAAUCAUCCUGACUUCCUUUGUUCUUUUCUUUUCAGCAACCCCCAUUAUGGUGGCAAUCAUCCUUAUUCUGCACUGGGAAACCCCCGUUGUCAAAGCCAACAAUAGAAGCAUCACGUGUGCCCUGCUUUCCUCACUCUUCCUUUGCUUUCUUUGCUCCUUUCUGUUCAUUGGUUGGCCUGGAGAAGUGACCUGCUUUCUCCGGCAAACACUGUUUGGCACUGUUUUUUCCAUCUCCGUUUCCUGCAUCUUGGCCAAAACCAUAACGGUUCUUCUUGCCUUUCUAGCCACCAAGCCAGGAAACCGGAUGAGGAAGUGGGUAGGGAAAAGACUGGCAGGAUUCGUCAUUGUCUUCUGUUCUUUCAUUCAAAUGGGCUUCUGUGCGGUGUGGCUGGCCACGUCUCCUCCCUUCCCAGAGUUGGACAUGCAUUCCCUGACAGAUAAGAUCAUAGUGCAAUGCAACGAAGGAUCAGAUAUCAUGUGGUACAUUGUCCUGGGCUACCUGGGGCUUCUGGCCAGCAUCAGCUUUGCUGUGGCUUUCUUUGCUAGGAAGCUGCCUGAUAGUUUCAAUGAAGCCAAGCUGAUCACCUUCAGCAUGCUUGUGUUUUGCAGCGUUUGGGUGUCCUUCAUCCCCUCCUAUCUGAGCACCAAAGGAAAAUACAUGGUGGCUGUGGAGAUCUUCUCCAUCUUGGCCUCUACUGCUGGCCUCCUGGGCUGCAUCUUUCUCCCCAAGUGCUACAUCAUUGUCUACAAGCCACAUUUGAACACAAAAGAACAUCUGACGAGGAGGAAACUUCAAGCUGUGGGAGAUGAAAUCUGUUUUGAUGAAGAGGGGGACUCUGACUCAGGAUACGACAUCUUCAACCUGGUCACGUUCCAAAAUCAGUCCUUCCAGAAAGUCCAGAUUGGGAGGAUGGACUCCAAAGCCCCUCAUGGCAAAAAGUUCACCAUCAGGGAAAGUGCCAUUGUGUGGAAUCACCAGUUUCGGCAGCUUCCUCAGCUCUUCCGCUGA